AGUUAAUGACGUGGCUAUAUCCUACGUGUAAAGCACAGCACACGGUGACGCUAAUCGCCUAAUCCCUCUCUCUCGCUCGCUCGCUCUUUAAUCUCUAUCCCCUCUCUGUUUCGGCGUAUAUAUAAGAAUCUCUGAAGAUUGUUUCAAUCUCUCUCUCUCUCUCAUUGUUCGCAAGUUACCGUACCUGAAUCUUGGAUCAAUCUUCUAUAUCGUCUUUUGGAUUCUCAAGAUUUCAGUUUUCUGAUCCUCCGUCGUGGAUUUGGUACCGAUGAAGAACACAGACGAGUCGGAGAGUUCCGGCAGCAGAGCCGUCGUGGCUUCUCCGUCCCAUGAGAACCCUAGACACUACCGCAUGAAGCUCGACGUCUUCGGUGAAGUCUUACAGCGACUUCAAGAAUCUAGCUACGAAGAAGCCUCUCUCCCUGAUUUCGAGGAUCAGCUCUGGCAGCAUUUCAAUCGUCUUCCUGCUCGAUAUGCUCUCGAUUUUAAAGUUGAGAGGGCGGAAGAUGUUCUCACGCAUCAGAGAUUGCUCAAACUUGCGGAAGAUCCCGCAACUAGACCUGUGUUUGAAGUUCGUGAUGUACAGGUUUCUCCGAGAAACUCUGCUGACUCUGACCCUGCGUUGGAAGAUGAUGCUCAAAGCUCUAGCAAACCACACGGGAAGGGGAUUCUUGCAACUCCAACUUUUGGCUCCUCUUCAAAUUUUGAGGCUAUCACUCAGGGGAGUAAAAUUGUUGAAGAUGAUGAUAGUGCUGUUAAUGCACCAUUGGCUACUCGACCGAUGCAUGAGAUUACCUUUUCGACCAUCGAUAAGCCUAAAAUCCUUAGUCAGCUUACUUCCCUGCUUAGUGAGCUUGGAUUGAACAUUCAAGAGGCUCAUGCUUUCUCCACUGUGGAUGGUUUUUCUUUGGAUGUCUUUGUUGUUGAUGGUUGGUCUCAGGAGGAAACAUAUGGUCUAAAGGAUGCAUUAGGCAAGGAGAUACUGACGCUUAAGUAUCAACUUGGUUCAAGACAGAAGGCUAUUUCUUUCUUUGAGCGUGACAAUUCAAGCAACUACCUGAUACCCGCCUGCAUUGAGAUACCCACAGAUGGAACUGACGAGUGGGAAAUUGACGUGAAACAGCUCCAAAUUGAAAAGAAAGUGGCAUCUGGUUCAUAUGGGGAUCUGCAUAGAGGCACUUAUUGCAGUCAGGAGGUUGCUAUCAAAUUUCUCAAGCCUGAGCGUGUAAACGCGGAGAUGCUUAGAGAAUUUUCUCAAGAAGUUUAUAUCAUGAGGAAAAUCCGACACAAAAACAUUGUUCAGUUUUUGGGUGCAUGCACACUAUCUCCGACCCUCUGUAUUGUGACUGAGUUUAUGGCUCGGGGGAGCAUUUACGAUUUUCUUCACAAGCAGAAAUUCGCUUUCAAGAUUCAAACAUUGCUUAAAGUUGCAGUUGAUGUUGCAAAAGGAGUGUGCUAUCUGCAUCAAAACAAUAUCAUCCACAGGGACCUUAAGACUGCAAAUCUGCUCAUGGAUGAAUACGGACUUGUCAAGGUUGCUGAUUUUGGAGUUGCCAGAGUACAGAUUGAAUCAGGGGUGAUGACAGCUGAAACAGGGACAUAUCGAUGGAUGGCUCCGGAGGUGAUUGAACACAAACCGUACAGUCACAAAGCAGAUGUGUUCAGUUAUGGGAUAGUGAUAUGGGAACUUUUGACUGGUCAUAUCCCAUAUGCUUACUUGACUCCAUUACAAGCGGCUGUUGGCGUUGUUCAGAAGGGGCUUAGACCGAAGAUACCAAAGAAGACACAUCCAAAAGUGAAGGGACUUCUACAGAGAUGCUGGAACCAAGACCCAAAAGACAGACCAGAGUUUGAGGAAAUCAUAGAAAUGCUUCAACAGAUAAUGAUUGAGGAUGUGGUGGUGGUGAAAACAAGCAGGUUGGAGAUGAAGACCCUGCAGAUAAGGACAAGCACUGUCUUGGUUUCUUACAAGCGGCCUUCCGAAAGCCUCGUUACUAGUUCAUCUGAUAUAGUGAUAUAGCUCUCACUCAUUCACUCUCUUACAUAUUUUGACUUGUACAGUUUUUUUCUUGUUUCUUUUAGUUGGUUGGUGUGGGCUGGCUGAUGGGGGAGUUUUGACCUUAAGAGAGUGUUUUCUCCUUUUACGAUUCCUUUCUACUUAGAAAACCCUUUUGGCACUUUUUAUAAUGAUAAAGAAGCUAUGGGUAUUCAUUUGACAAAAUCAUUUUUCUUUAUCUAGUGAACAGAGUAUUUCUUUUUAAUGAGCAUAUUGUUUUGGUUGUUAC